GGUUCCGUGGCCCAUAUGGUUCUAGGAGGAAGCCUCGGGAGCUACCUCAGUGUCAACCUAAGUUUUGGCUUUGGAGUCACCAUGGGCGUGCACGUGGCAGGGAAAAUCUCUGGGGCCCACAUGAAUGCAGCUGUGACCUUCACCAGCUGUGCACUAGGCCACAUGUCCUGGAAGAAAUUUCCUGUGUACGUACUGGGUCAGUUCCUGGGCUCCUUCCUGGCUGCUGCCACCAUCUACUGCCUCUUCUACACAGCCAUUAUCAACUACUCAGGAGGACAUCUGACAGUGACUGGUCCUGUAGCCACCGCUAACAUUUUUGCUACCUACCUUCCUGAUCACAUGACACUGUGGAGGGGCUUUCUGGAUGAGGUGAUAGUUACAGGGAUGCUCCAGUUGUGUCUCUCUGCCAUCACGGAUAAGGAGAACAACCCAGCACUGCAAGGGACACAGGCUCUGGUGAUUGGCAUCCUUGUUGUCAUCAUUGGAUCAUCCCUGGGCAUGAACUCAGGAUAUGCCAUCAAUCCAUCCCGGGACCUGCCUCCUCGCUUCUUCACCUUUAUUGCUGGUUGGGGCACACAGGUCUUCAGGGCCAAAAACUGGUGGUGGGUGCCAGUGGUGGCACCGCCCCUGGGUGCCUACUUAGGUGGCAUCAUCUACUUGGUCUUCGUUAGCUCCACCAUCCCACGGAAGCCCCAGACACUGGAGAACCCCGUGGAAUACGAAGACCACAAAAUACGCACGUUGCCCAAGACUAUGGCUCCUCAAACCAUGACCUCUGCCCUUACCCAUGUCUCCGUGUCCCCCCACAACAGACCUUCAGUCCAGCCUGGCCCACCUUUAAGUGACUCCAUCUACAUAGAGCGAUUCUAA